AAUAAAGGAGACUCACAGAAGAGGGACUCCAUCGUGGGGCAGGGUGGUUCGCCACGAUCAGCAACAACCCCUCCGUUUCUCUCGCCCUCACUCGACAAACGGGUGAGACAUCAUGCGACUCCCGCAUAAAACGCCCAGAAAGGUACCAAACCGCAAGAAUCUAGAGAAGUGAAAUAACAUUCCACUGAGAUUUACAGUCAGAGAGACGAGAUGGGUAGGGACGAUGUAGAAAUCGCCGGCGGCGAGAAGAAAGGGAGAGGAAAUUACUCUCCGGCGGAUGAUUCCGGGGACAGGCAAAGGGUUUCAUGGCUAAUCCCUAUGUUCGUCUUGGCCAACGUUGUUGUCUUCGGUUUCACUAUGUAUGUCAACAAUUGCCCAAAGCAUUCCUCCGGCUGUUUUAUUAAACCUCUCGGACGCUUCUCUUUCCAGCCCUUCCGCGAGAAUCCUCUGGGUCCCUCUACAUCUGUAUUAAGGAAGAUGGGUGGGCUUGAAUGGGACAAGGUGGUUCAUCAUCAUCAAGGAUGGAGGCUUUUAACUUGUAUCUGGUUACACGCCGGUCUUAUUCACCUCAUUGCAAACACGAUAAGUCUUCUCGUUAUCGGCAAUCAUCUUGAAGAACAAUGCGGUUUCGCUCGGGUUGGAGUUAUCUACUUGCUGUCGGGCUUUGGGGGGGCUGUGUUUUCCUCUCUGUUCAUUCAGAGAAGCAUCUCGGUUGGCGCUUCGGGUGCCCUCUUUGGUAUCCUUGGGGCAAUGCUUUCGGAGCUCAUCACUAAUUGGUCAAUUUAUACCAACAAGAUUGCUGCCCUACUCACAGUUCUUGUGGUAGUGACUUUUAACCUAGCACUCGGGAUUCUUCCUCACGUUGACAAUUUUAACCACAUUGGUGGAUUCUUGACUGGUUUUCUACUCGGCUUUGUUCUGCUUCCACUUCCUCAGUUAGGGUGGAUGGAAAGUAGGAACUUCCCGGCUGAGGUUCAAGCUAGAUCCCAAUACAAGCCUCACCAAUGCCUACUGUGGGCGGUGUCUCUGGCUUUACUGAUAUCUGGGUUUGUGGUAGGUUUGGCAUUGCUGUUCAGUGGGGUGAAUGGUUACAAUCGUUGUCAAUGGUGCCGGUCCCUGAAUUGUGUGCCAAAUAGUAUAUGGACGUGUGACGCGAUUUGAUUCACGUUUCGGGCAACCGUUUUUUUAGUUUAUUGUCUUUCGUUGUUAGGUUACAUAGUCACUUAGUUCUUCUCAAGAAUACACUAAUGCUGCUUGUAUACACUACUUGUGUUCAAUUAGUGAGGUUAGUUUUAGAGACCUUAUUAUGGUUCUGUUAACAAAGAUAUUGUUGCUCU